GCAACACUGGAUGAGAAAUGGCCGAAAUGCAUCCACAUUUUCAUGAGGGAGAAGAUGAAAGCUUUAUGAAUGUGUCUCUGGGGGAUGAAAGCACAGAUUUCCGUGCGUUGCAGUUGCGCUUGGUUCCACAGGUUUCACCUUCUGCUGUUAUGAACUCUGACAUGGACGCUCUUGAGGUAGAAAAUCAAGUUGAACUUGAAGAAAAGACUCGGCUUAUCAACCAGGUUUUGGAGCUCCAGCACACUUUAGAAGAUCUCUCUGCUCGUGUGGACGCCGUUAAAGAAGAAAAUCUCAAACUAAAAUCCGAAAAUCAGGUACUCGGCCAGUACAUCGAGAAUCUAAUGUCUGCUUCCAGUGUGUUCCAAACGACAGACACAAAAAGCAAGAGGAAGUAAUUUGCUGCUCCUUUAUCAUGGCUUCUCAUGGGCUACAUUUUAUUUUAUUUGAACCAGGGUUUGGUUACCAUAGGAGUGCAUUCACAAAAUUAGUGCUAGCUGUAAUGUUGUACAAUAGACCAGUGUGUAAACUGCGCUACUGACAUGGGUCACUGGAUGCCCAUCUUAUAGCCAGGACCUGGGUACAAAUUAUUUUGAGAUGGAGAAGUAAGAUAUCACUAUGUAUGUUAAUAACAAAAUGUUAGCAUUAUGUUAAUAAAAAGGCCAAAGUGGCUUGCAUGGGGGACGGAUCAGAUAUUUACAUGGAAUCAGACUAUGGGUUAUGAGCAGGAGGUGUCAUUAAUUUGCCUUCUAGCUGUGUGUCCAUCUUUCAGCUCUCAGUUUGCCAUAAAAAAAGUUUAUUUGAUAUCCUGUAGGAUAGAAAGUUGUGUUUUGAGCAUGUUCUUUCUGUAUUGCUCCUUUCUGAAAGUUCUGUUACAUUUCUGUUGUGUUUUCUUAAGCACGUUCAAACUUUCUACUUGUUCUUUAAUCACUCUAUUGCCAUGUAACCUUCCAUGUAACACAGAGAACAAGUCGCAGAUUUGCAUCAUCACACAUGCUAAGAGUAGCUCAUAACAACAUGGCUGGAAAGCUGGCAUCCCAGCUAAAUCUGGAAGCUUAUAUAUAUGCAUUAAUCGACUGUUUGAGAUUAAGCUUCCUACACUGGAGGCAACAUGUUUCUUUAUACAGUUUUGGAACAUUUCUUAAUAUAUUUCUAGUUUUAAAAGGGGUAAAAUGUUGGUGGGGUUAAGUAGUGUGCAACUGUCUGUUCUUCACUGGUUAAUAUUGCGUGGAAAGCUUUGUUGUGUUUGCUGGCAAAGUGUUAGUAUCUCCUUGGCAGCUUUUCUUUAUUUGCACAGAUUUGCGCCACAUGUGGAUACAUACAGCACAUCUGGGCUUUAACUUAACUGGAAAAAUGAUUCUUUUAAUGAAAAAGGGGAUAUGAUAUGAUGGUAACUUGUAGUACCUACAGGAAUUAAGGAAAUGUCCUAAACCGGGUAGUUGUGUUGUUUUUAAUAAUGUUUUAAAUGGCAGUGCAACUAAAAGUGAGACUUGUUGAUCUCUAUGGCUACAUACCAACUGGAAUGCAGGUCAGCCUUGAUGUUACCCCAUGUCUAAUAUGUCCCCUGGUUUGCACAGACAGAGGGAUCAGCAAUCCAAAAUUAGACUUGCGCUGCCAUCUGUUGGAUAACAAUUAAAUUGCUUAUUUGCUUUUAGAAGCUCUUCGAUAUCUCUGUGCACUCUCAGUGGCCAUAUAAGUUGGCCUAGAAAGGGUGUCUUACCGAGUGUUACAUGUAAUAUUAUCAGUAUUUUUAGUUUCAAGAAAUGAGCAGCUUCUUAGCUAUGUCACAGUUUCCCUAUGUACGUAUGUGUCUGGCAUGGUACAUGUUGAGUAAUUGUUUACAGAGCAAGAGUAGACUGUUAAUGUGACUGCUUCAUAUAAUUUAAUUCUGCAAAUUAAACUGCACUCAUAAGAGUUAAAUCUGUUGCAUUGGUGUUCCUGGCUGCCUCCCAGCCCAGAUCUUCAUGGUCUGAUGAUGGUUUGAUGGGUUGGUAAAGCAGGGAGUAUAUUUUACAUGAACACAGGUUUGUGAACUCCAGAUGUAGCCCAAAUGCUGGAAUUUUUAUUUUAGUGCCAGUGAUAGUGGGUUUUUUUACUUCAUAAUUGUCUGCACUAAGCCACAGCUAUCCAUGCCUUAUACCUGGCAUUUCCAUGCAAGCCAAAGUGAAUCUCUUGUGUACAAUGAUAUGGUGCCAAAUAUGGCUAGGCGUUACUUAUUAUAGGCUGUACUUCAGUAUGGUAUUUGUAAUAUGGCACAAUAACAGUAAGAUACUGUAUGGAAUAUGUCUGCAUAUGUAAUGUUUCUAAUUUAUUUUAGAUGUUUAUGUUACUGAAAUAAAACCCUUUUUAUUUUGCUUGCUUUAA